ACUGUUGGAACACUGAAUUACAUGGCUCCUGAAGUUCUACUAAAGAAGGGUUAUGGGAUGGAAUGUGAUUGGUGGUCCCUAGGUGCUAUCAUGUAUGAGAUGCUCAUAGGCUAUCCUCCAUUUUGUUCCGAUGAUCCUCGGAUAACAUGCCGCAAGAUCACCAACCGGAGAGCUUGCUUGAAAUUGCCCGAGGAACCAAAUAUAUCUGCUGAGGCUAAGGAUUUAAUAUGUCACCUUCUCUGUGAUGUUGAAACCCGUCUGGGCACCAGAGGGGUAGAAGAAUUGAAGGCACAUCCAUGGUUCAAAGGUGUUAGGUGGGAAAAGCUGUAUGAGAUUGAAGCUGCAGAUCAGCCAACAGUCAAUGGAGACUUGGAUACUCAAAAUUUUGAGAAGUUCCCAGAAAUUGACGGCCCUCCCUCCUCAAUACCAGAAGUGGGACCUUGGAGGAAGAUGUUGGCAUCAAAAGAUAACAAUUUCAUAGGAUUUACAUUUAAUAAAUCAGACAUUGUUCAGUCACUUGAAAGUUCAGGUCGAAUCGAUCUUCAAGAAACGGUAACGCCGGAGGACGAGCAGGAGCAAGAAACUCGAAUCCGUUGUUGACAUCUGCGAGCAU